AUCAAAAGAUAUGAAAGAACUGGUUUUUGAUGCGCAAAAGUUUUUCCUUAAAUCGGUAACCUCCCUCAUUGAUGAUAGCUGGCUACGUUUAGAGUAUGACGGAGAUCUUUUGAAAAGCCUUAACCAUUCAAACGGAAAUUCCUUAAAAAUUAGAUAUAACUCUAUCAAUUACAUACACUCGAUGCAACUUUUGAAUAGCAACAACGAACAAGGUUCCAGUGUAGAGUAUUUUUACAACUUUAAAACAAACAUGCUUUCACAAAUGAGAUCUGAAGGCAACGUUGUGAGAUACUUUUACAAUAACAACGACAACUCAUUACGGAUGGUCAUCAAAACGAAGACCUCAUCACGAGAACAGUUCAGAUACAACGCGUAUGGGCAUCUUAUUUCAAGGAAAUUGAUUAAAGGAGGACGCAUAAUAACGGACGAUGAAUACACGUUUACCAAGGGUGGCAUGACUGUCAUUGAUGACAAAACCAUUUCUGCUUUAACUAAUGUCAUAUAUUCAGAGUCAAAUGAUGUAAUAAGUGUUCAGAAAGAAAAUGGUGUGCCUGUCAAAACACUCCGAACAUCAGCAUACGAGUCCAUAUACGAAGGAGAAAGGUUGGUAUCCAACCGUGCAUUUGACGGCAACACCGUUUUCAUAACAGACGGUAAUGGGGACACUAUAAAAACCAAGUUUAACGAUUUGGGACAAAUGAUUCAAUUUGCAGAUGGAAAGAGAAAUGUUUACGAAAUAAUAUUCAAUGAUAACCAAACUAUUAAAGAGGUAUUGUAUCCCGAUGGUACCAACAAGAUAUAUUCUUACUUUAAAAAUGGACAUUAUACAAAAAUGCCCUCUGGAAAUUUAAAAAGGUACGAGUUUAAUAGCAAAGGACUGCUAACAAAAAAGGAUAUAGGAUCGGAUACGAUAACAAUGUACGAAUAUACAGAGGACGGCAAAUUGAAUUAUGCGGCUAAUGAACUAGGAGAAACAUCAAUUGAGUACGAUGGAAAUCUACCAAAAGCUAUUAAGUCACCCGAAACGAAAAUUAGUUACGAAUACAACAGGCUUAAUCAGUUGACACGUAUAUCAACAGACCAGGGAUAUGAUACUCAAUAUCAGUACGAUGGGCAAGGACGAAUUACUGAAGUUUCUAACGGAAAAACAACAUUGGUCAAAACUACUUAUAAUGACGCAGGACUCGUUACAAGGAAAGAUUAUGGAAACAGUGCGUACAGUGUUUUCGUUUACAAAAGCAGUUCGCGGUUGCUUUUGUCACUGAUGAAUUUUUACCCAAAUAAAACAAUGGCCUCUUUCUUUAAUUACACAUACGCACGAAGCAAAAUGAGAAUACAGAUGACCACAAUGGAAGGGAGCUGGAAAUUUAAGUACGACCGAGCUGGACAGAUGACAUCAAUGAUUGAUCCGAUGGGAAAUGAAACGUUGAUCAACUAUGAUAAAGCGAAAAACAGAAGGUCUGUUAAUCGAAAUGAAAUUGAGGAAGUAUACAAUGUUAAUGAAAUGAACCAAUAUAAACAUGUCGGGGAGGUGUCGUUUGAGUAUGAUAGAAAUGGGAAUCUAAAAACAAGACAAUCUAGCAAGAACGAAACAUUUGGUUAUGACGAAGACAAUAAACUGGUCUCUUACUCUUCUCGUGGAAAGUCAUGCAAGUUUGAAUACGACGCUUUCGGAAACUUAGUCUCAAAGCUUUGCGAUGGAAAUCAAACAAAAUAUAUUACAAGUCCCUUAGGUUUCUUCGAUCGACAUAUAUUAGAGCAGAUUUCAAGCAGCGGAAAACGAACACGAUUCUAUUAUGGGGGACCGGAUAUUGGUUUGAUAGCGGCCGAGACGAACGAAGAAACUAUGCAGUACUUCUUUUAUGACCACUUAGGAACUGUCGUCAAUAUUCUUAGUGAGAACGGUGAAUUAUUGUCGUCAUAUAACCACGACCCGUUUGGUAAUGUUUUGUCUCCACCUGGUUCAAAAUACCCGAUCUUCACUUUUAUUGGACAAUGGGGUGUUGUUGAUAUACAAGAAAUACAAGGAGUAUUUUACAUGCAAAGCAGAAUGUACGAUUCUUCCACCGGCCGAUUUCUAAGUCCUGAUGGAUUGGGACUAAAAGCAAAGAGUCAAAAUCUCUAUAUCUACUGUGGUAAUAAUCCAGUGCAUUUUAACGAUCCAAAAGGAACAUGUCCGUUCUGUUUUUACAUCGCGUUUGAGGGUGCUGUGGGUGUUGGUAAAUACUUGUUUUCAACACCAGUCAACCAGUGGACAUUUGGAGGAGCAACUGGGUCGCUUGUCGAAGGGUCUAUUAAUGGCGUGGUCGGAAAAUACGUGAAAGUACCUUUUGUCAAAGAUCUUGCAUCUGUUGCUACAAAGACGCUGGGCAAUUAUGUUCAACAUACUAUUGACGGGGAGAAAUAUGAUUGGAAAGAUGCCAGAGAUGACAUUUUAAAGGGAUUCAUAGAUAUGGCAGACGCUGGAUUGGCCAAGAAAUUUGAAAAAUACGGGCUUUUCAAAGAAAUCUGCAGUGAAUUUGAGGAUUACAAAAGUAAAACGAUAGAGAUAUGCCACUUGAGUUUCCUGGUUGAUGUUGAUAGCAAGCAUAUCUUGGAGUUGGCGGACGGCUUCGUAGAUUGGGUUGCCUCCCAUGAUCCGAACGAUAUGAUUGGACCGUCUGGCUUUGGUGCUGCAAGAUUUAUUUCUGGAAGAAAUCGCAUGACUUAUACUAUUCGUUUUGAAAAUGAUGAAAAUGCUACCGCUCCUGCACAAAGAGUUUACGUUGAACAUAGUUACAGCGAAUUUUUAGACGACAGAACGUUUACAAUAGGAAAAUUCGGAUUUGGCGAGUUUGAACAGCCAGUAAAAGACAAUAGCAAAUCAUUCCAAGGUACAAUCAACAUGACAAGCACAUCUGGUGUCUACGUUAAAAUAUUCUGUGGUAUUGAUGUGGUCAGACGUGUUCUUUUCUGGAAUUUCCAAAGCAUUGAUCCAGCAACAGGUUUCGCCCCAAGUGAUCCAAGUGUUGGUUUUUUGCCACCGAAUAACGAUACAACUGGGCAAGGGUUUGUGACAUUUACUGUUGUUCCUUUGAAAGAGGCACCUGAUACGACCACGAUCAACGCAAACGCGUCCAUCUAUUUUGAUCAGAAUGACCCCAUUGACACCCCUAAUGUAUUUAACACGAUUGACAAAUCCACACCUACGGUAAAUGGGUCCGUUGUUCCAAGGACAGAAUCUGCCGAAUCAUCAAUUAUACGUCUCCGAUCUGAAGACGAUGGAUCUGGUGUAAAACAAGUAGAUUUGUACCGGCUUGAAAAUGGUACAUUUUCACUGUUCGCGCAAGGCAUUCGGGAAGAAAUGGUUCUGAUCAGUGUUAAUGUUGGCGAAUCAAUGUUUCUUUUACCGGUUCCUAUUGAUAAUGUCGGGAAUUCUUUGGCUCUUUUGGAAAUAAACGAAACAGCGACUAUUUUGGUGUCAUCAAAACUUGAAAAACAUUGCAACUGCUCUGGCAAUGGGAGCUGUAGCAUCGGAUUGUCCACCUGUAUUUGUAACGAUGGUUUCUAUGGACCCAACUGUAUCUCAACAACACCUCCGUUGGAACCACCUUCUUUGAGUUUGCGAGGAAGUUCGGGUUUUGUCGACGAACCGUUGCAAAUAACAGUUGAUGCCAAGAACAUUUCGGGGUCACUCGAGCAAUUGCAAAUCGCUGUUGUUGGGUUUCCAUCAGAUACGUUAUUUGAAGAUGGUCUUCAAAAUAUCGAUGGAGUUUUAUGUCUUUAUUCUUCACAGUUUGGGACGUUAAAUAUUACAUUCAAAAGAGCCGGUGAAAUCAAUCUUAACGUAACUGUUCAUCAAAGUGACAUCAAUAUGACACGCUUUGGUCAAAUGACAGUUUUGAUUUACCCUACAAUAUCAGCGAAUCUCGCCUUUGAGGGUUGCCUUAACGCUGCUGAAAGGGACACUGCGAUUAUUGCUUUUAAUAUAUCUGCAAAGGUGCUCCAAGAGUCACAGAAUGCUGCGGACAAGCUUAGUCUUCAAGGAAUAGGACUUGUUAAGUAUCAACGAGAAGUAAUACUCGAAGUCAAGCCAGCCAUUAUGAAUAAUUCAUCCGAUUUUAAACAAAUUAAGGAAUACAGUUUCGAUGGUUACGAGACAGAUGGCAAUAUUCCAAGUCCAGUCCCGUAUGGAGAUUCUGUUGAAGUUUUGAUAACACUACUGGUUACAAUAGAUGAUAUAAUAGCGAAAGAGUUUGAUCUGCGACAAGAAGUGAACAGAGUUUGUAAUGCAACACCUCCGUUGGAACCACCUUCUUUGAGUUUGCGAGGAAGUUCGGGAUUUGUCAACGAACCGCUGCAAAUAACAGUUGAUGCCAAGAACAUUUCGGGGUCACUCGAGCAAUUGCACAUCGCUGUUUCCGGGUUUCCAUCAGAAACGUUAUUUGAAGAUGGUCUUCAAAAUAUCGAUGGAGUUUUAUGUCUUAAUUCUUCACAGUUUGGGACGUUAAAUAUUACAUUCAAACGAGCCGGUGAAAUCAAUCUUAACGUAACUGUUCUUCAGAGUGACAUCAAUAUGACACGCUUUGGUCAAAUGACAGUUUUGAUUUACCCUACAAUAUCAGCGAAUCUCGCCUUUGAGGGUUGCCUUAACGCUGCAGAAAGGGACACUGCGAUUAUUGCUUUUAAUAUAUCUGCCAAGGUGCUCCAAGAGUCACAGAAUGCUGCGGACAAGCUCAAUCUUCAAGAAAUAGGACUUGUUAAGUAUCAACGAGAAGUACAAAUCGAAGUCAAGCCAGCCAUUAUGAAUAAUACAUACGAUAUUCAACAAAUUAAGGAAUACAGUUUCGAUGGUUACGUGACAGGUGGCAAUAUUCCAAGUCCUGUUCCGUAUGGAGAUUCUGUUGAAGUUCGGAUAACACUCCUGAUAACAAUAAAUGAUACAUUAGCGAAAGAGUUUUAUUUGCAACAAGAAGUGAACAGAGUUUGUCAUGGUUGCACGCACUGUGUCACAAACCAUACAGCUUACUGCGACAACUUCGACGGAGUAUGCCAUUGCAAACCAGCAUGGAACGGAUCUGUCUGUUCUGAUGACGUGGAUGAAUGUGUCGAUAUUGGAGUCUGCGAUGCUGUUCCAAACACUGGGUGCUUUAAUUUAGAUGGCGGAUAUGAGUGUUCAUGUUUUAGAAACUUUGUUAAGGAAAACGACUCAUGCAUACUAACAACACAACAAUUUUGGACUGACAUAACGACUGCAAAACCAACUGAGAAAAAAGUAUCCAUAACCGUUGUCGUAAAAUUCGACCUACCAGAAAGCGAAAAUUUGAAUGUUACCAAAGUCUAUGAGCAGGUUGAAAAUGAAGCUUUAGAGAUGCUUACACCCUUUUAUCAAUUGCAAAUGGGAUACCACUUCAAAAGUGUGUUCAUCAUUAACAUCAGCAGAGGAAGUCUAGUCAUCGAUCACGAUGUAAUCACUCGAAAUGACGAGGAAGCCACACAAGCCCUUGCAGUUGCCGUGUCGAAGAUGUCUACCGACACAAAUGCAACUGACGGGACGUUGGAAUUUAGAGGAGAAAAGGUGGAAAUCAAAGACAUAAGCGUGGACGGAAAACCUGUUGCUGAUCCUUGCGAUGCAUAUUCCGUAUGUACACGAGAUAAAUGUUCUGUGAAUGACGGUAAACCAAUAUGCGAUAAAUUACCAAGCAAACAGGUAGACGAUAAAAGUGGACUAGUGAAAGGACUGACGAUUGGAGUGGCUGUCACAGGAUCAUUGACAAUAGUUCUUAUAAUUCUCGUUAUCGUCAUAUGCCGAAGACGAAACAGAAAACCACGCAAACAAGCAGAUGUAGUUGAUACAUCACCUCCGAGACAGGCUCGACGUGAAAACAAGUACGUUCGCACUCAAUCCUACAGAAAUGAAGCAUUUAGUGAACCCGAUCCUGACUACAGCGAUGGAGAAGAUUCCAGUCAAAUGUUACACAAGAGAUGGGGCGAUGGAACUGGUGCAAGUGAUAACAUGCGACUGAACCCAGCGAACCGAGUCGCAUCACGUGAUGAUAUCCGGUAUACACGCAUGCGCGGCGGUCAGAAUGGGAGCAGGAUAAGCUUGAACCAACACAAUCCGAUGUUUGCGGGCGAAUUUCAAUUUGUUUCGCCAAGAGAGAGGAAAGAGAUAACACACGAUGAUGGCUACUGGCGUCAAGAAUCCAGGACGAAACCAGUGAGAAUGAACAAGGAAGUUAUGGAUCAGUGGGAAAAUAAUCCUUAUAAUUAAGCAUGAAUACGUUCGGAUCGUUAUACUUGUAAGAUGAACACGUUGAAAUCCACACCAAUUUACGUUAAUGAACAUCUUACAAUAACUGGUGUUAUUUUAAUGUUCAAUUGACUACUUGCAAGCUUACAUACAAUUAUAGUUCAUUACUACUUACAAGUAAAGUCUUGCAGACAUACGCAGUUAUCUAACUCAAACAGUCAAGUGAUGUUCACGUUUUUGUAUUAAAUUUUGUAUAUAUAUGUGUAGUAAUAUUGUGUUAUAAUCAGCUAUAUUGUAAUCUGGAGAAUUUUGCCCAUAAUUAUUAUCUUCCUGUGAUUACAAAUAAUAGUCUUUAUUGUAUGAUGGAGUUUUCUCAAAACACUGAAGGAAGAAAUAUAU